AUGGCUGCUGCAUCACAUCAUUUCCAGGCCUCUGUAACCCUCCCCUUCAGCCCUACUGCAGCCUCCAAGAAAAGAAAGCCCCCAAUUCUCAAAGGUCCAUCAGACCCCCCUCCCUCUCUAGGCCCAAGGCAUCUUUUGUCCUUCACCAGUGGGUCUCUACCGUCCUAUGCCUGCAAUAGACGCGCCCCAGCCUUUGUCACCUGUCAGGACAGUCAGACUCGACCUCUGCGGCUAUCGUUCUCACGCACUGUUACUGGCGUCUCUGGCGUCACUGGUGCCUUGACGCAACAUCCUGGCGGUGUUUCUGGGGGAGUGGUCUUUGUCAAGAAAACCCCCGAACCGGGGCGUGUCGCUAUGGGCUUCGAUGCUCUCGUCCAGGCUACAAGCAAGCCUAUAAGGCUGCGAUGCCUCUCUGAACGCUAA